AUGAGCUCCAGCCUACUCAAGCCUAUUCCCUGGAACGACUCGUACGAAACUGGAAUCUCGACUCUCUCAACGUCCGCUGCACCAUCUUUCGCCACGUGCACUCAGAGCAGCCAAGAGGGAUACUGCACAGGCCCUGAAGAUGUCGUCACAGAGGUCGAGAAGGAAGCACCAAAAGCUGUCCGGUUUGAAGACACCGUUGCUGGCUGUGGGUACCCGGACAUCGAGGACCCUGUGGAUCCCGCCCGAAUUCUGGAACCCAAGGACUUGCGAAACCAACGCAUCUUCUUCUUCGCUACCGUGUUGUCAUUGAACCUUGGAUGCGCUGCUAUCGCCCUUUUCGCCAACGAGGGAAUGUUUGUCUUCGUCUUCAUCCUUUUCAUCAAAAGCAAAGACUUUCUGUCAGUCCUCAUCUCCGCCCUCGGGAUUCUGUUCCGGAAGAUCUACAGAUAUUUCACACCGUUGGCCCCAGUUCCUCGCCAGUGGAUACUCACCCUCAUCCCCGCGUAUUCGGAGAGUGAGGAACAAAUCGUCAAGACGAUAUUUUCCCUACGAGACAACGACGUAGAACCACACCGUCAAGUCAUGGUCGUGUUGCUGGACGGUAGGCACAGAGACGUCAAGAGCCAUAUGACCAGAGUCACCAGAGAGUUUGAGAGACCAUACAUCUCUCUAAAGCAUAAAAGAGGUGUCCUGCAAAUCAAAGCAGGCUUCAUGCAGGAUGUACCUGUCAUCGUCAUCGAAAAGGUCAAGAACAGCGGCAAGAAGGACUCGCUGGUUCUCUGCCAUGACCUUUUCAACCAUCCACGCCCCAACUUACCCUUAUAUACCCGGCUACUUAGAGAAGAGCUGUGGAGAGAUGUCCUUCCGAUCCUGACAGAAGGAGAAAAUUUCACAAAUUUUGACAUGGUCUUCUGCACCGAUGCCGACAGUACAAUCUACAAAGGCGCUGUGGCCUCAUUAGCCAACGCACUUGCGAGAGAUCAGGAUGCCAUCGCCGCCUGCGGCCUUGUAUUAGUUGAACUGGAACCCGGGUUUGAAUGGUCAUUCUGGAACCUUUACCAACAGUUUCAAUAUACAUUCGGCCAAUACGUUCGCCGGAGAGCCGAAGGUUUCAUUGGAAAGGUGACCUGCUUGCCAGGAUGCAUCACAAUGAUUGCGGUUCGCGAAGAGAUGGCCGGUGCCAUUCGAAAGUAUGCGGAGCCAAUCACAAUAUAUCCCGUGAUCCAUCAUCAAGUUCAAUACCUUGGUACGGAUCGGAGACUCACCUACUCGAUGUUGUCGCAAGGCAAGAAACUCCACACUCUUUUCGUUCCCGAAGCCAUCAGUGAAACGGUUGCUCCCCAGUCACUGCAGCACUACUUGAGCCAACGUCGCCGCUGGGGAUCAAACGCCUACUUCAACAACUACUUCUACUGGAUGGGCGAGAAGAUGAUUGUGAUCACGAGGAUCGCGGCGUCAAUCGAGGUCAUUCGGCUCAGCUUCGUCUACUACCGCAUCUUAAACUCGAUACUAUUCGUCAAAGGCCUUACAGAGAGCUUCAGUUUUAUCAAGAUCCUCCCUCUGCUGGUCGUCAGUCAGCUACCUACCGCUUGGUUUAUGUUCUGUGUGUUCUGCCUCGAGGACGAGCUGAAGAAGCGAUCACACAAAUUGCUCAUUGGAUAUUGUAUUAACAAGUGCAUCUCGCCGCUUAUAUCAAUCACAGUAUUCACAAAAGUAGCCAAAAAUUUGGGAAGCCAAGUUUGGGGUAUGAGUGGCGUUACAGCAAGUUCUGCACCUGCAGCUACUUCAGAAGCAGAACAGGCAGCAGAUCUCACGGCUGCCGAAAAGGGAGAAGCAGGGCCUCUAACACCGGGGGAGCAAGCCCAGAUUAUAGAGGACCGAUUGGACGAUCCCCACGAUGCAAUUCUCUGA